AUGCAUCCAGACGAGGAAUCUCUGUUGAAAGGCACAGAGGACCAGGAAGAGGCAGAGACCUCCUCGUGUCCGCCGGGGGACGAGACCCCCCCCGUCAUGGCGCAUCACCAGCCCCGCAGCCAUCUCCUCUGGGCAUUGCUUCCCGGCAUGCUGAACUCUCUCGUACUGCUCGGCAACAUCUUCUUCUUCCUGUUCGUGGUCAACAAGAUCCUCACCGUGAAAGGCUACUGCCCUCGGGUCCCUUACUCCCCCGCCAGUGCCUCGCUGAGCUGGGUCUCCACCCCGGUGGAUUACGACGCCGCCAAUCCCUUCGCUGGGGAACUGGGUUCCCUGGAAUUGAAUCGUGCAUGGGAGGAGCUCAAAAUCCACGAGAUCUUCCGGGCCUCGGAGGAAGAUCUUCGGAGUGUCAACGCGUUGAAUCCCAACUCCUUGCGCAUGGAGCAUGGCGGGUAUAUGGCGAUCCUGCGGGUCUACCAUGAGAUUCAUUGCUUGGAUUGGAUUAAGCGCGAAUGGAAAGUCGAGAAGCCCGAGAUGAUGGACCACCUGGAUCACUGCUUGAUUGCUCUUCGCGACGGGGCCAUGUGCCGGGCGGACCUGUCGGUGGGAUCGCUGUACUGGUGGCCGGAAGAGGAGCACCGACGCAUUCGGCGCCCCCCCGCCCAGCGGCGCUGCGUUAACUGGGACAGCCUCCAGACCUGGCUGCGGCCCAAGCGGCUGCAGUUCUACGGUGGAGUGGCUGAAGCUCCUAUCAAGCCGGAUGGGUCGAAGGUGGAUGUCGUCUUGGGGGAUCAUUUGCAUACUCUGGAGGAUUUGAGCGCGAUCCCCUGA